AUGAGGAGUUCUGGUGUCCUGUCUAUAAAGAUCAUCAUGUACACUGUAUCACGUAUAAUAUCACUCUCAACUAUAAUACAUGGAGCGCCUUACAAAGAUAGUAGGGACAAGAAACCGGAUAUAGAGGACUUUAUUGACCGACUACUGACUUCCGACAAGUUCGAAAAGCUCGCCGACAAAAUUGCUGAGAAGGCAGCUGACAAAAUAAUCACCUUACAGCAAGCCUCAGUUCAUGAUGAUAAAAAAGACGAAACUAGACCUAGAGUGGAUUCUAAAGAACUUAAGCGCGAUGAAAGUGACUCUAAACACCCAAAAGAAAAUAAUAAAAAGGAAAGCAAGGAUAAAAAAGGAAAAGCAAAGAUAGACACAGUAGCAGCCAUACAGAAGUUUGCGUCAUUUCCCGUUGAAGAGCUGAGUUUGAAUUACAAGCAUUUCACUACCAAAGAUUCUGACCGUGGUAUGCCGAAAUAUACUUCUGUCAUGAAGAAAUAUAAAAAUAAUGGUGACGAUGAUGAUUAUGAAGACCGAUCGAAGAAGAAACGAGAUGAGAAAAAGAAGAAAAAUAAGAAAAAUGAUGACAUGUACAAGAGAGUCCACCAAGGUAAGCCCGAUGAUAGUUCAGACAGCAGUAUUGAGAAGAAGGAAUCUGAUCUCAGCAUUGACACAUUGAUGUCUAAAGACGAGGAGGAGGAAGAGUUGAAGGCCAUGGACGGUAAGAAAGAAAUUGAAGAGAAUGAUACUUUUGAAAUUGAUGAUAAAGGAAAAAAGAAAGGAAAACCUGAGAAAGAUGACGACGACAGCAGUAAUGAAGAUGAUGUUACCACAGUUGCCGCGACAAAAGCAACUAAGAGUUCAAAAAAAACGAGUAAAAGCUCUGAACCGGGUAAAGUGAAUAGAAGUCGCGAUACGCUAAAGAAGGGAACUAGUUCUGAAGUAUCUAGCUCUAAUGAAAAUAUAUCUACGAGUACUGCGACAAACAAACCUGCGGUUCAAAGAGCGGAGAAAUCUUCGGACUCUGAAAGUGACGAUAAUAAAGUAGCAAUAGCUGACACUGAGAAGCAAGACGCUAAAGAGAGCGACUUAAGACAUGCCGUGCGCGAAGAAGACGGAAAGUUAUACGCCUUCGCUCAAUCACCAGACUAUGAUGAGUACCACGAACAGAUUUCACGGAUGUUAAAACACGUGCAAAAUAAAAAUGAAAAGGACGUUCGUUUCGAUACUAAUAAAAAAGAGCACAUUCAUUUCUAA